AUGAGCACGACGGCUGUCCAACAAAUGACGGGGCCUGGAAGUACGCCGCCGGCGUCAUUGCAGGUCCCUUCUGGUCGAAAAGGCACCAAGAAACUCCUCAGCUCAUCUCUCCUCGCCUUACACUUUCCCCUGCUAAUUCCGGACGCCACACCCAGGAUACGAAAGGUCAAAUGCGACGAGACCAAGCCUGCAUGUGUCCGCUGCAUCAAGACGGGGAGGAAAUGUGACGGCUACUUGCCUGCCAGGCAGACGGGCAGCAACUCCAGCGGCAGCCCUGGUUCUGAUGGCAUCUCGCGUUUAAGCCCGCCUGUCUCACCUUUUGCCGAUUGGGCUGGGGGGACUAGAGAGCAGCGCGCCUUUGACUUUUACCGCAACUUUUCUGCUCCGUCCAUCUUCAGCGACGGCGUCGCCUCGACGUUAUGGAAGAAGCUGGUGCCGCAUUUUUGCCAUGCCGAGCCCGCCAUUCGCCAUGCCGUCCUCGCCAUCAGCAGUCUUCAUGAGACGCUCGCGCUGCCUCCGGGCUCCAGUCCGGCUGCUGAGGAAGGAAACAACAACGGAGUGCUUACCAACACGUUUGCUGCCGAACAGUACGGCAAAGCUUUGAAGUGUCUCCAAGAAUGGAAGCCGGCCGAGUCGUCGCCCGCGACGGUGCCGUUACUGGCAUGUUUGUUGUUCAUCUGCAUCGAGUUCAUGCUUGGUGACGAAGGCGCGUCGCAGGUCCACAUCAACCAAGGCAGACUCAUCUUAUCCCAGCUCGAGCCAUCAAGCGAGGUGGACAUUAUCAAGAAGCACUUUGUGCCCAUUUAUAGUCGGCUCGCACUCGCAUCAUUCCUCUUUGGAAGCUUCCCCGCUGCCAUACCUCCGAACAUGAAAGCGAGCCCCGCGACGAGUCUAUACUUUUCAUCAGUAGACGAGGCCGAAGUCGUGCUGUAUGAGCUGAUCGACGACGGGCUGCGGUUCACGGCGCAGGCGAAGAGGGCAGUGUAUUCAUGCCCCCCGACGGAUCCGACGUUAUUGGACCUGGCCCGUGAACAAGACACCUUUCUCGCAAGAUUGUCACGAUGGCACGUCGCCUUUGUUGUGGCCUCAGCCAUGGACGACUCGUUGAGCAAAGGCAAGCUGUGCAUGGUGUACUACCACGCAGCGAGGAUCGCCAUCAGCACCGCAAUGGACACCUUGGAGACGGCGUUUGACACCCAUAUUCAGGCUUUUGCAUCCAUCAUCAGCAACGCGUCAGAGUUUGUGCAUGCGUCACGGAAAGCUUCGGGACGUGACCCUUCCAAAGCCGCCAUGGCGAUGCCCAAAUUUGUCUUUGAUACCGAGAUCAUCCCGCCACUAUACUACGUCAGUAUUAAAUGUCGGCACCCGAUGCUGCGGCGGGCGGCCGUGGACUUGUUGAGACAAGACUCCGUUACUAAGAGAAGAGAAAACCUAUGGGACGCGCAGAUGCUCUCCGAAAUCGGUAAGCGGUGCAUAGAUAUUGAAGAAGAAGCCGCCCUUAGCCGCAAGGAGUCGCUCGACAUGACCGCAGGCUGGGACACAGCAUCCUGGGAAGACCCGAAUGGUGUGCCCACCCGUCUUUUCCCCGUCGAACUCGACCACAGCAUCGACUGUGAAUACCCAGUGCUGCGGUAUCAGUUCCCUCAGAUCCCCAAGCGCCUCAACCACCAGCUAAACGCGGAAUACGAACGGACCAGAGACGUUGUUGGCGAUAUCGUCCGCAGCAGACACACAACGCCCGGAUCCAUGUCCGCGGGGUCGACGGCGUCGUCUGGCAGCAGCGCUGGGUGGAGCGCCUACCAACUCGAGCCGCCUUAUGGUCUGCCCGAGUACGCAAGGAUAAAGAACGCGCUAAUAGACAAUGAAUCGAAGAAGGGAAGCUGGGUCACCAUCUUCAUGGACCCUGAGGAGGCUGGAGCGGCGCAUUGGAAGGUCACCAAUGAGUUUAUCCGGCGGUGA